AGAGGAGCUCUUUUUCGACAGGUCCUAGGACCUGGGCUCGGCGAAGGCGGUGCCGGGACACGGGAGUCUCUUGCAAGCAUAAAAACUAGCACUGGGCCGAGAGCGUGGGCAGCGGUCUCGCACAGUGCGUGCGGUCCCGCGCCCCUAAGUCUUCUAGUGAACCUAUCCCCCCAUGGCCGCGCGCGGUGGUAGGAGCCGCGCGACGUCACCCAUUGUUUACAAAUCAAGCCGAGCCGGUAGCGUUCCGGCUCCCGCGGCUCUAAGGCGCGCGGUGCCACUGCCCGGUGGUCCCGGCUUCUUCGGUCCCAGGCUCGGCCCCCGCCCCCGCCCCAGCCGCGGCCCGACGAGCCCGCGGCCAACCAAGCCACCAGAGACGCCCGCACAGCCGCGGGGGCCCGGGCGGGGGGCCAUGCCGUGCCGGAGGGAGGAGGAGGAGGAGGAAGCCGGCGAUGAGGCGGAGGGGGAGGAGGACGACGACAGCUUCCUCCUGCUACAGCAGUCGGUGACUCUGGGCGGUUCGACCGACGUGGACCGGCUCAUCGCCCAGAUCGGCGAGACGCUGCAGCUGGACGCGGCGCACGAUAGUCCGGCCUCGCCGUGUGCCGCCCCGGGUCCCCCGCCCGCGCCCCCGGUCCUGGCGGCGCUGCCGGCGGACAAGGUCCGGGGCCCAGCGAGGCUGCUGCGGUCCGCAGCAUCAGCGGAGGCCGGGGACCCUGCGCCCCCGGGGGCGGUGCGCUGCGUGCUGGGGGAGCGCGGGCGCGUGCGGGGCCGGGCGGCGCCCUACUGCGUGGCAGAGAUCGCCCCGGGCGCCAGCGCGCUGCCCCGGCCUGGGCGGCGAGGGUGGCUCCCCGGCGCCUUGGCUUCUCGGAGAAUCCAGCAGCGGCGGUGUACCGCAAGCGGAUCGCGCGCAGCGGACGACGACCCUCACCGGCUCCUGCAGCAGCUCGUGCUCUCCGGAAACCUCAUCAAGGAGGCGGUGCGCAGGCUCCAGCGAGCGGUCGCCGCGGUUGCGGCCACAAGCCCCGCGAGCGCCCCGGGUUCCGGGGGUGGCCGAAGUGGACCGGACUCAGUCACCCUGCAGCCCUCGGGCUCCUGGCUCUGACCCGGGGUCUCUGGAGGAGGA